AUGACUGAUAUUGAUACGGUAAAGAACUUUUUGCGUUCACCUGGCAAAACUGAUCGUGCUGACUUAAUCAAUGCUUUGGAGAUCAUGAAUUUAUCGCUUGAGGGUCCAAAUGGAGCACAAAAGGCUCAAACUAUUCUUGCAGCUAUACCUAUCCCAGAGCUUUUCACACUUCUCGGGAAUUAUGAAGACGUGGUUUCUUUGGCUACUUGUAAAGUUCUUAACAAACUUUUACGACCCAUGAGCUAUGCCGAUAUAAAUUCAUCUGGACUUCAGGAAUAUUUGAUGCUAGGUUUGCAACAUGAAGUUCCCGAAGUUCGAAUUCUUACAUUAAAUCAAAUUGAAAAGUGUCAAGAGUCAGAAGAAGCAAUCCAAGAUUUGGUUAAAUCGCCUCUUUUUCCUGCUAUGCUGGAAAGUUUGGGGUUCGAUGAUACACUGACAUCAACUAGAAUAUUAGAACUCCUUGUCAAACUUGUUACGACUAGCUCUUAUUGUUUCCAAGUUUUCUUCGAUCCUGAGUCGAUAGCAAUUCUAAAUAGGCUUUCCAAAGGUGACGGAAUUGUAAAAUUUCGUGUAUUUGAUCUGAUGGCUCGAAUAUCAUUAUCUUCACCAGAAGCAUUUCAAUUAUGUGAAUCAUCUGGUUCUCUGGAAGCAAUAACAUCAGAACUAAAAUCUGAUGACUUAUUGAUAAAAUUAAAUGCAAUAGAAACUCUAUCCAAGAUAAUUCAAAGUCGAAUUAGUUAUUCCUUUUUUGAAAAAGCUGGAAUUCUACAGUUCUUUGUUGAUAUUUUGUCAAAGGAUGAUGAUCAAGACAUUACGCUAGUUCUAGAGAAAUGUUCUGUACUCAAAUUUUUUGGGAAAUUAUGUGAAGUGGAGGACAUAGAUUUCUCUGAAGUGGAAGAUAAAUACAAAAUCUUAAGACAAAUAGAUGCACAUUUAUUGAGUGAUCAUGUGGAUCUCAAAUUUACUGAUGUUUUAAACCUUUAUGGGCUCAAGAUUACUUCAAUACAUAUUAUUGGAGUGAUAGGUCAUAAAGAAUAUGGUCUGAAGCUCUUGUAUUCGAGUGUGUCGCCUAAUUUGCUAGGAGACUUUAUGGAUCUUUACCACAGUUCGUCAGGUGAUGUAAAGUUGGCAUGCUUACAGACAAUAUCGUGCUUACUCGGUGUAAGACGUGGGGUCGAAGAAUUUCGUAUGAUUAGUUUUACCAUUUUACAAAAAAUGGCCUUUCAUCCAUGGGGUAAAACUGAAAUGGUAAACUGUAAAGAAUUUAUUGACUAUAUAAUUGAUCGUUCUAAUGAGUCCACGCACAAGGGGAAAGAAUGGAAAUUCACCAUUAUUCAAACGUUGUAUGAGUCACCUAAUUCUGAAACUAUUAUUGCACCUAACAUUCUGGAACAGUUCAGGCGAUAUUUGCAUGAGGGCCCCUUUUACGUAAAAAGUAAGACUGCUGUUGCAUUAGAAAAUGCAUAA